CUGCCAUGAAAAAGAAUGAACUGACUAGGACCAAGCAGGAAAGUCAAUACAGAAAUUUGAAUGAGGAUGUUAUGGCAAGCAGCAAGCUACCAACUCCCAAGGGAGUGGAAUUAAAAAAAAAUAAUGUCAAUUCAAGGCAUAUUCCAAAACUGAUUACCAAAAAUGGAAAUUAUUUAGCAGUGAAACUUGAGGAAUUCAGUGUAUGUCACAAUAUGUAUAACCCUAGUGUUCCUUGUGAGAUGGAAGGUGGAGAGAAAUCUGAUGCCACCAAUGUGCCUGGGAACUCUUUCCAAUGCUAUGAACCUGUUGAUGAGCAUCACAAGAUUCAAACUGUACAGCAGCAAUUUGAACAUAAUGCACAAUGGAAAGCCUUCAAAAGGAAGAAGAUAUUCUUUACAUUUGAGCGGGUUCAUAUGGAAGACACCUGUAAUAAGGAGACAACUCAGAUAGAGAAGAAAACAUUGCAUAAAUUCUCUAACCUCAGUAGUCAUCAAAAAAACCACACGAGAGAGAAAUUCUAUGACAAUUUUGGAUAUGGGAAACCUCUCAUUUACAAAUCUGAUCCUGCAGUAAAUCAAAGGCUUCACACAGGGAAAAAUUCCAGUGCAUGUGAACCUUCUGGAAAACCAUUUAGCAGUCAAUCCUGCCAUACCAUGUAUUACAAUAGUCACAUUGGGGAAAACCCCCAUAUAUUUAGCAACUGUGGAGAAACCCUGUAUCAGAAGCCAGACCUCAUUAGAAAUCCCAGGAUUCACACAGGAGAGAAACCUUAUGAAUGUAAUGACUGUGGUAAAGCCUUUGGCCGUAUGUCACACCUUAUAAUGCAUCAAAGAGUUCACACAGGGGAGAAACCUUAUGAGUGUAAUGACUGUGGAAAAGCCUUUGGUCAUAAGUCACAUUUAACAGUGCAUCAGAGAACCCACACAGGGGAGAAACCUUAUGAGUGUGGUGACUGUGGGAAAGCUUUUGGCCGUAUGGCAUCUCUCAUAAUGCAUCAAAGAAUUCACACUGGGGAGAAACCUUAUGAAUGUGAUGAUUGUGGGAAAGCUUUUGGACGUAUGUCAUCCCUCAUUAUGCAUCAUAGAAUCCACACAGGUGAGAAACCUUAUGAAUGCAAUGUAUGUGGAAAAGCCUUUGGUCAUAAGUCACACUUAAGAGUACAUCAGAGAAUUCAUACAGGGGAGAAACCUUAUGAAUGUGAUGACUGUGGAAAAGCCUUUAGCUGUACAUCACAACUCAUAAAACAUCAAAGAAUCCACACAGGGGAGAAACCUUAUGAAUGCAAUGAGUGCGGGAAGGAUUUUAUUGAGAAGUCACAACUCAAAAAACACCAGAGAAUUCACACAGGGGAGAAACCUUAUGAAUGCAGUGAGUGUGGACAAGCCUUUAUCCAGAAGUCACAACUUACAAUACAUCAGAGAACACACACAGGGGAGAGACCUUUUGAGUGUAGUAACUGUGGAAAAGCCUUUCGGAGUACAUCACACCUCAUAAAACACCAGAAAACUCACACAGGGGAGAAACCUUAUGAGUGUAGUGACUGCGGGAAAUGUUUUGGCCAUACGUCAUGCCUUAUAAGGCAUCAGAGGAUUCAUACAGGGGAGAAACCUUAUGAAUGUAAUGACUGUGGAAAAACCUUUAUCCAGAAAUCACAACUCACAAGACAUCAGAGAACUCACACGGGGGAGAGACCUUAUGAAUGUAAUGACUGUGGCAAAGCCUUUAUCCAGAAGUCAAAACUUACACUACAUCAGAGAACCCACACAGGGGAGAAACCUUAUGAAUGUAAUGACUGUGGGAAAGCUUUUUGCCAUAUGUCAUCCCUGAUAAGACAUCAGAGAACUCACACAGGGGAGAAACCUGAAUGUAAUGAUUGUGGAGCAGACUUUAUCCAGAAGUCACAACUCACAAUAGUUCAAAAAGCACAUGCAUCAGAGAAACCUUAUGAAUGUAUGACCCUCGAAAAGCUUUUUGCCAUAAACCACAUCUUAUGGACGUCAGGAAAGUCAGACAAAGGAGAAACACUAUGAAUGUGGUAACUGAGGGAAGAUGUUUUUAUGCAGAUCUGCACUCAUGAAACAAGAUUCACAGAGGGAGAAGCCUUAUGAAUGCUACGAUUGGGAAAGCCCUUUGCCAAGAGUCACAUCUUGGAGCACAUCCAAGAAUUCAGAGGAAGAAACUUUAUGAUUGUAAUAUAUAGGGAAUGGUCUUUUUUCAGCAUUAGUACCCCCAGACAGCAGGGAAUUCAAAUAAGGGAUAAAACAAAAAGUUUGGUUAGAUGAACCUUUUUUGUCCACCCAGAGUCAAUGUAAUCAUUGUAAUAGCUGUUUGCUGCAAAUCAAACACAUCUGGAAUGCUAUUGUGAAAAGGUUUUUGCCAAACAUCAGACAUCAUUUAACAUUAAUGAGUUCACGCAUAUUUUUUUUAAGGGUGUAAUGUAUGUUGGAAAGCAUUUCCUGGAACUCAAGCCUCCUUAGAUAAAAUUUACAAAGGACACUCUUUGAUGCAGUAAAUAUGAUAAAAAUGUUAACUUCUAGUUAAACCAGCAGACAUCAGAGAAUUCAUAAAGGAAAGAAAACCAUAUCAAUGUUAUGAAUGCGAAAUCUCACCAGAAGUCAGUCUUCCGCUCACUUGAAGAGGUUGAGAGAUGGUUUUUAGCUGUAACUCUUGUUUUCCAUCAAGGUGACGGUCCUGCAAGUCAUCCCACCUCUACUGCUACCUAUUGGGAACAGCUCAUUGGCCCUAGUAAGUUCCCCAGGGCAUCUUCAAAAUAUCAAUCAUAGGUGCAAACUGCAAAUAUCAAAAUGACACAGAAAAAAGUAGAUGUGGGCAGUUGCAUUGAAGUUGGAAGUUUGCUGAAGUGGAAUUUGGUUUGUUGCCACUAGGCUUUUUUCCCAGGUGUCCGUGAUCUCAAUUUCUCCAAUAUUCCAAAGCUGAGAACAUUUUCUAGGUUCCUAGCUGAACUGGUGCAUUUCCAGUCAAGUAUUGGAAUAUUGUGUUACUUUUGUAUAUGCAAUUAAGGAUUUUAAGAUUGGACUGUCAGUGUUUUCCAUAUAAACCCUGCAUACACUCUCUUGUGUGUUCACAAUCAAAAGCCAGUUGUAUACACAAGUUGAGAGCCAGGAGAUUCCCUAUGUCACUCAUUUCUGUGCAGGGACUGGAAAACUAUGUUGGCCAGGCACAUCAGUAGUGAAUUGGAAGUGAAGCAUCCAGGACUUGGACUGAAAAGUGAUUGGGAUGCCAGCAUACUUGUCACUAACUUUCCCUCUACAUCACAAUUCCAGACCCCACAUGUAAGUAUUAACACAGUUACUUCCUUUAACAGCAUUACUAUUGAAAAAUAAAUUGUAGUGUGCCUUUGAAGCAAUUUAGACUUUUUUGUCUUUCAAUGGUUCUGAUA